AUGAUGGCGGAGGUCGUAGUCCUCGUAGAGCGUGAACUCGUGCUGCGGCGUUAUGGACUCGAGAAAGUAGAGGCUCGCAUUCCUGGAAUCUACCUGCUUCAGUGUCUGCUUGCAGUUCCACUUCAGCCAUGCCGCGUGGCACACUGCCAGUUGAGAUUCCGCAUGCCCCGCCCCAGCCCACAAACCACCUCACCUGCACUCACAUACACAUCGUCACCCGCUGCCGGAACAAGGUGGGCAGGGGAGGAGGAGCGUUCUUGGGGAUUAGUUGGAGGGAGCAUGGGGCGGGGAUGGGGAUCAGUUGGGGGGAGCAUAGCGAGUUGGGUAGAGAAUGGGGAGGUGGGGGGGUGGAGGUUUGAUAGGGAGGGCACCGGGAGCAUUUGGGAGCUCCCGUCCUUCACUCCCUCCUCAUCCCUACUCUUCCCUUCCCUUCCCACAUCACCCAUCCCCUUCCCUCCUCUUCCCUACCCUUCCCUCCUCAUCCCUCCCCUUCGCUCCUCUUCUCUCCCCUUCCCUGCCCUUCCCUCCCUAUCCCUCCCCUUUUCUCCUCUUCCAUCCCCUUCCCUCCCCUUCCUUCCUCUUCCUUCCUCUUCCCUCCUCUUUCCUUCCCUUCCCUCCCCUUCCCUCCUCGUCCCUCCCCUUCAAUAUUCUCCUAUUCUACUCCUCAUCCCGCUGCCAUUCUUCCCUUUUGGGCAUCCCGUCUUUCCUCCCUUCUUGGAAAUUACGCCCCUCUUUCAUGUCCUCCUCUCUCCCACCAGCCAUCUCACACCCACGAGCCAUCUCACACCCACGAGCCAUCUCACACCCACGAGCCAUCUCACGCCCACCAGCCAUCUCACGCCCACCAGCCAUCUCACGCCCACCAGCCAUCUCACCUGCACUCACAUCCACAAGCUCAACCUUGCUGCUCUUCAGAACCCCUCCUCUUCUCUCAGUACGACCCCAUUCCCUCUCUCCUCCUCUCAUCCCUCACUGACUGGGCAAGGCGGACAGGUCUGGGAAGGCCAUCGUCUCGCUGGCCAGGCCACGGAAGGCCCCAUCUUAUGCGGGGCACACGCCCACGCCCCCAUCUCAUGCUGGGCACAGGAGCUCUCUCAACCCUCAACUGCCCCUAACCCCUCCCUCGUUCCCCUCGUACCCUUGUACUCCUGUCUCCCAAUCACUCCGGCUGUGCGCCUACCAGAUGCGGACUGCAGGUAG